AUGUUCGUAGAAGAACUAUCAUCGCGAUACACCGAUCCAACACUCACAGUAUCUUUCUGGUGCUCUGAGGAAGGACACCCUCAACCGGAUAAAUCUUCCGCAGAGGGGUUCUCAGUCCAUUACCCAUCAUACCAAUCGAUCGUGACUGUCGGUCGUCCAAGGGAAGUAACUCGCCACACACAUGAAACUUUGAUUCAGCUUAAGAAGAUAGCAUCGGAUUUUCAAAAGAGGAUUGAUGAUACCUUACAGGGUUCCAAUAGACUAAAGCAGCCAUGGUAUAUUCCCAUCUCAAAGUUGAACAUCGAUUCGACAGUUGAAGAAUACAAGAAUGCCACAAGUGAAGGGAUGCGAGAAUUUUACAUGUUUCUCAAACAAAUACAUGAUGAGGUAAAUGAUAAAUAUGGAGAAGAAACUUUCUUAGGGCUACUGGACGAAAGUGGACAUCAUGAGUUUUGGAGAAGGGGCAAACAUCGAUUACCCAAAUAUGAAAGAAGUGCUCAUUAUCAAUCUGUAUCUCAGUUCUGCCAAACUGUCCAUGAGCUCAAAGCCCAGACCCAAAAGCAAGUCGAAGAGGAAGAAGGAAGAACGGGAGCGAUAAAUCAUGAAAGACAGCCAUCUGAUCAGGAUCAACCGUGUUUAUCUAGACUUUUCAAUCGAAUAAAGUUGUUUCCUUGGUCCUACUUCGGCUCAGAAGAGGAGGGAAUCUUGCAGGGACCACCUUCCCUUGUGAUUGUUUCGUACGUGACGGAUGGUAGUAUGCCAGGACCUAAAGCCAGGAAAGGUCAGAGAACGCGGCUAGCAAAAGGUGCAAAGGGAUCAAUCACAGUUUGUCGUACUGAUCCAAAGUCUUUCCCUGCAGAUAACAAUACCACGACUAACUCUGGAUGUGCUCAAGAUAAUGACAAAGACCAACUGGAUCUAUUCAUGAAUGAACUCAAAACAACUUUGAAUGAAUGGAAAACAUAUGGAUCAGAGAAAUUUGCGAUUGAUUCUCGGUAUGGCUCAUCAUAUUUCCUCGAUAUGAAUGAACAACGGGAAGGCAGAUUGAAUCUCAUCUCCUGA